AUGCAAGCGCAUGGGCUAGAAGCACAGAAAGAAAUCACAGGGAUUGAAAUUGAAGGAAAGCUGGAAAGCAGGCUUCCCCAAAGCGAAAGAUUGGAUGCUUUGAGGGAGGUACUGAGAGAGAAGGGCCUGGACGGAUAUAUUAUAUACAGGAGAGACCCGCACCUAAACGAGUAUGUGCAUCCUCGAUACGAGCACAUCUUCUGGCUUACAGGAUUUUCAGGCUCAAAUGCAACUCUUUUGGUGCUCCCAGACACGGCCUAUUUGUACACGGACUCCCGAUACUUUAUACAGGCAGCAAAGCAGCUGCCCAAGAACGUGCAGCUUUCGAGGGUGGGCAGCGACCCUUCAAUAUCCGAGCGGCUUAUGGAGUGCAGAUGCACUGUCGGCAUAAACCCGAAGGAGAUCACAGGCAAAGAGUACACGAAGAAUUUCAAGCGCCUUCCCUCGGAGGUCGACCUUGUCCUGGUGGAGGACGACGUGAUUGGAGAACUCUGGGAAAACAGGCCGGAAGUCACGCCAGGGCGCCUCGAGGUGAUGCAGCACCAGGUCCCGGUGGCUGAGAAGCUGGCGAAGAUCCGCCAGGAAAUGGCAAACAACGAAGACGUGUACGCGUUUAUGCCGCCCCUGGACAUGGCAAUUAUUUCCGACAUGGACGAAAUUGCAUGGGCCACGAACCUGCGGGGGAAAGACAUAGCCAUGUCCCGCCUCUUCUACGCGUUUUUGGUCGUCACGAAGAAGCAGGCGAUUCUGUUCACAGAGGGCAGCCUGACACAGCCCCUCGAGAACAUCGCAGUGCGGCCGUACGCGGACUUCUACAGCUACGUUGCAGGGAUAAAGGACAAAAAGAUCGGGAUAAGCUCGAGCACAAACUACCACAUUCUGAACAGCAUCGUCGAGAAUAACAAAGUCACGCCCUUCACGGGAGUGCUGAACCUGAAGGCAGAGAAAACAGACGCAGAAAUUCGGGGCUUUGUAGAGGCCAACAGAAGAGACGCCCUCCACCUCUGCACGCUCUUUGGAAGAAUCCGGAGAAAGCUUAUCGGGGGAGAGACCGUGGGCGAGCUCGAUGUGGUGAACAUGCUGCAGGAGAUAAAAGCGGGGGACAGCGAGUUUAUUAUCCCAAGUUUUGAAACAAUCUCGGGAUACGCAGAAAACGGAGCCUGCAUCCACUACGCCCCCACCAGCAACGAGACAAAGGUCGGAACGGACAGCCUGCUUCUUAUCGACUCUGGCUCGCAGUACACGAUGGGAACAACGGAUAUCACGAGAACAGUGUGCUUUGGGCAGCCGACAGAGGAGCAGAAGCAGGACUACACCGCACUCGUGCUCGGACACAUCGACCUCGAAAGAACCCCGUUCCCGGAGAAAACCUCUCUUGGCGCACUUUCUCCCAUUGUCAGAAGGCGCGUGUGGAUGGCAGGGCUCGAGUACGGGCACAGCACAGGGCACGGAGUCGGCUUUGGGUUGAACGUGCACGAGGGCCCGCACGUGCUUGACAGCUCGUCUCGCACGAAGGCAAGAGCAGGAAUGACCGUGACCGUGGAGCCGGGAAUCUACAAGGAGGGAAGGCACGGACUGCGGCACGAGAACCUGUGCAUAGUCGAAAAGUGCCCAGGAAAGGAGGGCUUUUUCAUCCUCAGGAAUAUCACGCCCGCGCCCCUCCACCUGGACUUGCUCGCUUUGGAGAUGCUCACAGACGAGGACGUCCGGUACAUAAACAGGCAGUCUCGGGAAAUCCGAGCCCUCCUCGAGAAAUCCUUCCAGGACAGCCCCGAGGGCCUUGAAUGGCUUAUGCUGAACACCCGCGAGAUUUCCAAGAAAUAA